GCCCAAACGGUUUCACCCCUUUUCCCUUUUGGUGACGCUGCACUCGGCGACAUGGCGCUGCUCCGUUCGGUCAGCUUGCUGGUCUUCGUGCUGGCUCUUGGAGCCCAAGCGCUGACCCCAUCUCAUUACCUGGCGGCCUCUGACGUAGACAGACUUCAGGCUGUUUUAAGCCAGCCGUUCACAGACUUAAAAUCUGCAUAUUUCUCCAUUGUUGGCCUGAGCAAGUUGGGAGUGUCUGUUGCGGACUCAAAUGACGCAUGCAGUUUCAUUAAGGCAAACCUGGACUCCUCCAGUAUUGAAGCUCUCUUUUACGCUGCAGAGGCCAGCCAAGCGCUCCCUUCUUGUGAGAUCCAUGUUUCUAACGAGACGCGGGAUUUACUCCACGCUGCUGUAAGUGAGGACUCCACGGUUUCGCAGAUCCAUCAGGCCGUGAGUGCGCUCAGCUCUCUCGGACUCCCUCUGGCCUCCCAGGAGGUGGUCAGUGCCCUGAAAGCACGGAUCUCCAAAGAGGACAAUGUCGUGGCAAUUACGCUGGCUUUGCAGACUGCCUCCCGCCUCUCUCAGCAGGCUGAACUGGGAGAGAUCCUGGAGGAAAUUGAGGAUCUGGCCGCUCGUCUGGACGAUCUGGGUGGCGUGUACCUGCAGUUUGAGGAAGGUCUGGAGGCCACAGCGCUCUUUGUGUCUGCAGCUUAUGCUCUUUCUGACCACGUGGACGUGGAGCCUCCACUGAAGGAAGAUCAGGUGAUCCAGCUAGUGAACUCUGUCUUCAGUAAGAAGUCGUGGGACUCCCUUUCUGAAGCCUUUAGUGUGGCCAGUGCUGCUGCCGCCCUCUCCAACAACCGCUUCCACAAGCCGGUCGUCGUUAGCGCUGUGGGCCCUGCAACUGUAUCUCACAGUCAGCCUCUCUUGCAGCUCCAGGUGACUGAUGUUCUCUGCCAGCCUCUAAGUUCAGCUGAUGUUCUGGUAGAAUCGGCUACCUCUGUCACCUCCAAGGCCGCCAUCCUCAGCCAGACUCCAUUCACCCUGAGAGAUGGGAUUUUUGAGCUGAACUUCAUGGCCAGCAAGCCUGCCAGUGGUUACUAUCAGUUCUCUGUAGCUGUAACCGGGGACACCCGAUUGGUCGCCAACCAUGUUGAGCUCAAGGUGAAGGUGUCCACCAAGGUGGCCAUCAACAACAUGGACCUGUCUGUGGUGGACAAGGACCAAAGCAUCGGCACCAAGACCACAAGGGUUGAAUAUCCCAACAAGGCCAAGGCCUCCUUCAUAGCAGACAGUCACCAGAAUUUUGCUAUGACCUUCCAGCUGGUAGAUGAUACUACUGGAGUAGAGCUCACUCCUCACCAGACCUUUGUGAGGCUGCAUAAUCAGAAAACAGGCCAGGAGGUGGUGUUUGUGGCCGAGCCGGACAGCAAGAACCUGUACAAGUUUGAGCUGGACACGGCAGAGAGGAAGACAGAGUUUGACUCCAUCUCUGGCACCUACGCUCUCUAUCUGAUGGUGGGAGAUGCUACACUGGAGAACCCAGUCCUAUGGAACGUGGCGGACGUCGUCCUCAAAUUCCCUGAUGAAGAGGCUCCAUCAACCGUUCAGUCUAAGAAUCUGUAUGUUCCCAAACCAGAGAUACAGCAUCUGUUCCGUGAGCCGGAGAAGAGGCCGCCCACUGUGCUGUCCAACACCUUCACUGCCCUCGUUCUCUCUCCUUUCCUGCUGCUGCUCAUUCUGUGGUUUAAGCUGGGUGCCAACAUUUCGAACUUCAGUUUUUCCCCCAGUUCGGUGCUCUUCCACGUCGGGCAUGCAGCCAUGCUGGGCCUGAUGUAUGUGUACUGGACUCACCUCAACAUGUUCCAGACCCUUAAGUAUCUGGCCAUUGUCGGCAGUCUCACGUUCCUGGCCGGGAACCGAAUGCUGGCCCAGAAAGCAGUUAAAAGGAUCGCUGCUGAGCAGAGUAGUAGGUUGGCUAAGUAUAGGAGUCUGCGGUAAAAGGCCUUUUGAUAGUAACAAAGCCAGGUCUUCCAGGCUGAAACAUGAAGGUAAAUGAUCUACGAAAACAGUCGUGAGAAGACCGGCGCUUCAUUUUCGUUCAUGUCUUUAUUUAAGUAAAGAAUCCUGGCAAGCGAAGCAUAAGGUUCAUGGAAGCUAAGUAGUGUGGCAGUGACGGCUCAGCACAGCUCAUUUUCAAUAGACUGUCCUGGAACAAAAAAAAAAACCUCCAAAUCUGAAAACAAGAAUGCAGUUUGACAUUUUCAUUACAUUCUUCCUUUUAAUGGAAAACUGAAUGCACUGUAAGAUUGAUACAUUGGGGUGGUUUGACAUGGUUAUUGCUGACUCUGUUCAGGUGUGUUCCCGGGUGUUUUCAGAAAGCUGUAAAAAUUCAUAAAAUCUCUCAUCUUCUCAUUUUGUCACCAUUUUUCAAAGGUUCUAACUAUUUUUGGGCUGUCAUUAAGAGGUUUUUGUUUGUUUGUUGUUUUUCUUCAUCCGUGGCA